AAACGCCACAGGGCGUCUCAAGCUGGGUCCACAAAACCAGGGUUUUCCGGGGAGCACGAGAAAGCAGCAGUCACUCUGCACAGUGCAGGAGAUGCUUGUAGCUGCAGCUCGCUUCACUGUGCGGCCGCAGCGGAGCAUAACAGAAAACAAUGUGUAGGAAGAGGCCAGCUGGAUCUAUCCAGACAGAGUGAGUGACCAUGGCCAGUCGGUGGCGAGACGCUCCUCGCAGCCGUUCAGGAGACCCCGCCCGUGCCUUAAAAAUGGUGCGAAUGCCCCGCCAACAAGAACCGUCCGGAGAGACCGAGGACGCGGCGGAGUCGCUGCGGGAGCUGCCGCGAUGGAUGCGGCUUUACUUCUACGGGAUGCACGGCGUGACUCUGGAUGUCCUGCUCUCAUCGUUACAGGGGGUUUUGAAUUAUCGGGACCCUAAACUGGUGGGCUUUUCCUCUCCGUAUCUUUGCAUUAUGCAUUCACUCACCCACUUUGCGCUGGAGAAGAUCUACUCACAGAAAAGGUGUUUCCGAGGUCGGCCUGUAGUGUUUCAUCUUGUUUUCUACCCGUCUGUCUACAUCGGGCUGCAGAUCCUGAUCGGGAACAUUAACACUUUGACCGAGCAGGUGAGGGUGGUAUCUGGCACGCAGCUGGCCGUGCACUACAUCUUGGCUCUCUAUUUUGGCCAGGUGUUUCACAGAGGGCUGUUAAGGCUGCAGUAUCAUCCCGCCGCCCCCCCGAGCAAAACCGGGCCGGAGGACAGCGGUCAUGAUCGGGGGCCUCCACGCGGUCUCCCAGGACUAGUGCGCUUCUUGUUCUUCGGGAUGCACGGCUUUCUGGAUGAGGUGCUUUUCACCUCUAUUUUCAACUUUGUGGAGAAGUCUGACCGGACCCUCAGCGGCCACACAUCCUUGUGGUCUUUCCUGAUGUACGGAAGCUGCAGCUUCGUGGUGGAAAAGCUCUACCUUCACCUGCACUUCAGCAGAGGCUGGGGGACUUUACGGCGGCUCCCCAUCUACAUCUGCUUCAUUUACACCUGGGAGUUCUCCUGGGGUCUGGUCCUGAGGCAGUUUGACGCCUGCUCCUGGGACUACUCCCAUUAUCCUCACAACUUCAUGGGGCUCAUCACCCUCCUCUACUUGCCAGGCUGGGUCUGCCUCAGUCUGUAUCAGGACAUACUGUCUAAUGUCCUGCUGAGAAUCAAGUGCACCAAAGAUGUAAAUGAUUUGAGUGGUGAGAAUGGAGAGGUCAAUGGACAGCUGGAGUCAAAGUCAAAACUACUUUAAUUUUUCUUUUUGAGGUUUUAACUUCUAGGGAAAGUCUGGAUCACAUUAGACUCAUGAAGAAACAAGCAGGCAUUAUUCUAUUCUAAAUUCAUCAAAUCAGUUUAAUGUGGGACCAGUUUGGCCUUUCAACUCAAAUCAUGGUAUAAAUAGCUGCAUUUGUCCACAUAUCCAAAGUAUUUAAGAUAAUUACUUUGAGUCUUUGGACAGUUGGUCAGCAAUAUGUUGCCAUGAGAGCAGAUGUUGAGCAGUUAAUAUUUUCAGCAAGUUUAGAGUCGGCUACAUUGGAGUCUGGACACUUGUUACCAGUAUGCAGAUGAGACAUUUUCCAGCUGAUAUUUCUGGGUCCAGUAAUAAAGAUUAAAUACUGGACUGCAUUGUUUACCUAACCUGUUUAAAUUCAGUAAACCUACUGCCAUUUUUAUCUGAUGUAAAAUGUAGUUGUAAUAUUAAUCUUUUACUAGUCUUCAUGACUUUGGAAGUGUGAAUAUUCUGUUUUUUUAAUGAUUGCAGUGGCAGACUUGCCAUCUUAUUAUACAUUACAUGCAUUGUGGCAGGUCUAGUUUGAGUUGGCUCGAUCGUGUCAUUUACAUGUGCAUCGGCAUGUUUUAACUGUAGCUCAUAUCUGCAUGCUACAAAGUAGAAAUAAAAUAACAUGUGGAAGGUUUUGUUUCAAACGGUUUAUGGUUUAGGUUUUGUUCACCAAAAUUCAAAAGUCAGUAUUCUCAAGACAAAGAAGACAUAAAAACAGCUGUUAAGAGGACAGUACCUAAUGUUCCAUCUUCUUUCAUGCAAGUAAUCUGUUUUUAAAUGUUCAUCUCUUUUUUUUAUUGUUAAUUUACAUUUUGAAACAAACUCCCUAUUUUCACUCAGCUUGUUAAAAUGACCCCCGAGUAAUGCAUGGUAACUAUUAGAGUAGAGAUAAACCCAGUAACAUAUGUAGCAAGAAAACCUGUAGCUGAAUGGAUAUGAGGAGCCAAGUGAGAUUUUGCUAUGAAUCUUUCAUGAACCAAACGUUACUUUGCUGGAGUGCCGUCAUGUGCAAACGGAGUCAAGACUCAAACAAACAAGGCCUGGUGUCCAUGGGGUUCUUCUUUUUAUAGUUGAAGCACAGUAGUGUUUUGCAAAUCAAUAUAAAAAUGUCUUAACCUUUAGCACUAAUGACGGUUUCAGUCAGUGAGGUUGCAUUUGUUCCAUUAUCAGAUCAACACUGGUUCCAUCGCUAAAUGAUGGGUGUUAACAGACAUAUUGUAAAUCCAGAAGGAAUAUUUUUUAUUUAAAUAAUCCCUAAAUAAACUCCAACUGUGUAUACUUUGUAGAGCAUAUUCUAACACACAAAAUUGGUUUAUAGUGGUCUUAUGCCUUAUUAACAAACUAAGUACCUGGCACUGUGACAAAACAAAUGGUGAUAAAUCUUAGCAAACUACUCUAUACACAUCACUUUGUUAGAUAACUAACCAUUGUUUGGGUAUACAGAAUUAAGUGGCUGAUAAAGUGAUGGAUUUGCCAGAAGUUGAAGCUGUUUCACUCCCACAGUAGCAUUUUAACUUAGUGCUGGAAUCAAUCCUAUCAUUUAUGAAGCUGCCCUUUAAUAAUUCCUUUAUAAUUAGAACACAUUUUGUUCUAAUCACAACUCUAAAUUCUGAUAGUACCUUAUUGUAGGAAUGAGUAGUGUUUUCUGAAUGUUUAGACAUGCUUGGAAUCUGUUCUGCUAGAUUUGAGUCUGUUUUAAGGGUUCAGUAAACGUAAUAAUUAUAUGCCCUUGUAUGGUGUGGGAACGACACUGAAAAUCAUUAUACUUCAUUAAAUAUAUUAGAAUCAUUCACUUUGGAUUCUUAAGAUACCAGAUUCUUCUGUCAAAGAUUUCUUCUUGUCUGUGGGUGAGUUGUCAAGUCUGUGUCUGCACAUGUUUAGAAGGUAAAUUGGCACAAACAUUAUAUCUUACCAUUUACUUUAAAACCACUAGCUGAUACCCCUAGCACUGAACUUUUACAGUGCUAGUGAGCCUGUGUCUGGUGUGUUUAGGGGUUUUUUGUUCAACUUGGCAGCUAUAUUAAGGUUCUUAAACAUUUGCACUCACUGAACCACAGCCACACGAGAGAAUGAAUUUGUACUUUCUACAUCUUUAAGAUUCUCCAUGGCCGAAUAACUGUAUUUAAAUCAUACUUUACUUUGUGCUGUUGUUACUCACCAAUUUUUAAAAAAAAGACCAAACUGCUUUUAGAAAAGAUAUGAGAGGUGGGAAUGAAAUUUGCAAUGGCAUGUACUAUACAACUUACAAUUUUAAUUAAAUCUGAAUUUUUCCUGUG